AAGUGGAGUCCUUUAAAGCGGAAGUGGAUGAGUUGUUUGUUAGCAACUGUCGCUGUGGUUUGUGUGUGAUGCUUUUGAAUCGACUGAAUGAUGUUUUCCCGUGCUGAUGAAACAGCUGGUGAUAUUCCUGUGAAAGACAUCACUGUCAGCACACAUGGCGCAGCUACAUUACCAGAGUCUGUACUGUCCCAGAAUGUCAGAGAGAGGCAGAACGUGUCCAAGUUCAGCAGGGAAGAGCUGGAGGACAAGUUUUUACGGCUGCAGGAUGAAAACCUCACACUCAAACAACACGCAUGCAAACAAGAAGACAAGAUCCGCAGGAUGGCCACGAAGUUGAUCCGUCUGGUGAAGGACCGUAAGCAGCGCGAGAGCGCGGGCGGGCGAGAUGUUGAGAUGGAGGAGAUGAUGGAGGAGAUGCAGGAGAAGGUUCAGGAUCUGGAGAAACAGAACGAAGGGCUGAGACGGCGUCUGCUGGCCACCAAACAGCAGCUGCAGGUCCAAACCCGCCGACACACUCCCUACAGCCACAUCCAGCCUCGCAUCAACUCUGGCCUGCGCAGACCCCUGAGCCCAGCACGCCCACACACUCCCAGAGCAGGUGUCAGGCAUGUUGAAGGGGAACUGAGUGCGAAACCCCCCCAGGGUCUGUUGCCCCGCUACGGACACAGUCUUCUGGACGAGGCCCGCGCUGAGAUCCGCAACCUGGAGAGUGUGACUGAGAUCCAGCAGGCUCAGCUGGAGGAGAUGGAGAGAUCAGCGGAGGCGUUGAGAGAUCAGCUGAAGAGGAGAGAGAGAGAGGUAGAGGAGUCGCUCCUGCAGAUGAGAGAGCAUCAGGCCGGUGGACAGAGGUUAACUAUAAAGGAUAAUGUAGAGAUGAUCAAACUGCAAAAGCUGUUAUCUGAGAAAGGAAACGCACUCACAGUGCUGGAGAGCCGAUUCCUUCAGCAACAGGAGAGCAUGAGGACUCUGAAGGCCAGUCAUGAUGCAGCGCUGCUGAGGGUGGAGGAAGUGAGUCGACAGAUGAAGGAGGAGAGGAUGAGGAGUUUACAGCUGGAGACGCAGAUGCAGAGCAGAGUUCUAGACCAGAGACACGCGCAAGAGUUACAAGAGAGAAUCCAAGAUUUGGAAAAGGAGAGAGACUUGCUCAAGGAAAACUGUGAUAAAUUUGUGAAAAGUGCGUUUGAUGUGAGUCAGGAGCAGAAAUGGAGGAUUCGAGAACAGCAGCUCAAACUGCAGCUCGUCCAGCUGGAGACGGCUUUAACGUCGGACCUCACCGAUAAAAACCUGAUCCUGGACAAGAUCAAGGCAGAGAGAGAUGUAAAUGAGAAACUGAUGCAAGAAAACAAGCAACUUCAACUGCGUUACCUGGAGCAGAAACAACAAAUGGAUGAAAUUAAAGAUCGCAUGAAGUUCUUUACCAAGGAAAGUGAAAUAGAUGCAGCUGAACUCAGUGAAGCCCUGAUGCUUAUAAAGACUCGUAGGAGUCAGAAGAGUGGAGAGCUUGGCUUCCUGGAGAAGGUGGAAGAAGAUGUGAAAGUGGACGUGGAACGAUCUCUGAGGGAAAUGCAGGCCACUCAUGCUGAGACCAUUCAAGAGCUGGAGAAGACCAGGAACAUGCUCAUCAUCCAACACAAGAUCAAUAAAGACUAUCAGGCUGAAGUUGAAGUGGUCACUCGCACGAUGGACGAUCUGAAACUUGAAUAUGAAUUGAAGACGGAGAAGCUGGCUCGGCUUCUGGACAUGAGAGCGGCCAAGAUAAAGAAACUUGAAGCCCAGCUGAAAGACAUUGCGUAUGGAACCAAGACCCAUGUUUUCCGACCUGAUGUCCCCAGCGAUGACGUCACAGAUGAGUUUGACGGACCCCUCCACUUGGCUCGAGGCGAGAACCUUCUGGAAAUCCACUUGGGGAGAGCGCAGUUCGCUCCUGAAGCUGUAGAGGGUCUAAAGGACAGAGAUCCGUCCACCUUCUGCACAUAUGCCUUCUACGACUUUGAGCUGCAGUCCACGGCUGUGGUGCGAGGUGCCCGUCCAGCGUACAGCUUCACUUCUCAAUACCUGGUGAGAGUGAAUGAGCUCUUUUUGAACUAUCUCCACUCCAGCUCUGUUACCGUGGAGGUGCAGCUCGCCGAGGGGCUGAGUUUCCGCACGGUGGCCGCUGGUCAGCUCAGGUUAAAUCAACUGCUGGAACGAGAUGGGAAGGUGUUCGGCACCAUUCAGUUAGUUGGUGUUACAGAUGCGAUCCAGGUGUUUGGUACACUGGAGUACUGGCUCAAACUGAGAGUUCCUAUGGAACAAGCCAUUCGCCUUUAUAAGGAGAGAGUCAAAGCGCUUGGUUACCUCAACACAAGCGCGAGAGACAGCCAGGCUUUAUCGGUUCCUGUCGCCAGUUCCUCAUCAUUGAUACAUGGUGAUCUAAAUGAACUAAACGUCACCGUGCACUUAUGCUGUAAUCUCAAAUCCAGAGCUCCUCACACUCAACCCAGCCCCUACGUCAUCUACAAACUCUACGACUUCCCUGACCAUGAUACACCAAUCAUAUCCUCCACCAAUGAGCCACAGUUUGAAGAUCACACGGUCUUCCCAGUGGCCAUGAACUCUGACCUUGAUGCGUUUCUCAGGUCAGAGGCUCUGGUGUUGUAUGUGUUUGAUGAUCUAGAUGAUGAGAACCAGCUGUAUCUGGGGAAGGCCAGAGUACCGCUCAUCUCGCUGGCACACGAUGACACCAUCACUGGUAUGUUUGAGCUUACAGACCCUGCUGGACUCCCCAGUGGCCAAAUCAGUGUGACACUGAAAUGGAAGUUCACGUACCUCUCUCCAUCAUCAUCAGCUCUCACCACACAUCAGACCAAGAAAACAGAGAGACAGACAUCACAAGACAAGGAGAAAACAGAGACAGAGACACAACGGAUGGCCAAAGACCCUCCGCUAAUACCUCAGCCCACUGUUUCUGAGACUCCAUUGCCCAAACCCAGACAGCGAACCCUUCCAAAAUCAGCUGCUAAAAGAGUGUCUUUUGUGGACGUCACUGAGCUUGAAAAACAGAUGGAGCAGACUACAGCCUCUGAUGAUAGGAAUAAAGAGACGAGAUCAGCUGUAACCCCUGUGCCUAAGACCAUCAUAGUGAUGGAUGCAGGACAGGCCACUGCAGUCAGCGAGGAAGAGGACGAGGAAGAGUCUCAUUUCUCUGAGGGUCAGCUGAUCACCACCAGCUCUCAAUCUGAUGAGUCUGAGAUCUCUGAAGAGCUGCAAGAGCCGCAAACAGGCGUACAGGGUGAGGAUGAAGAGGAUGAAGAGGAGGAUAGCGAUGACUGCAUAGUUCCUGCUCAGAGCACACAGCAGAAAAAACAGCCGUCCGAGUGCAUUCGUGUGGAGAUCGUUUCUCUGAGUCUGAAGCCAGGCUCGAGAGUGGCAGAAGACAGUGGGAUCGUCCGGCUGUUUGUGGAGUACUGUUUCCUGGGCCUGCCGUCAGUCGAGACCCCGCUGUCCCUAAAGAAGCCCCUGCCUGGACACUGUCUCUCCUACAACUUCAGCAAUGUGAUCCAUGUGGAUAUGGAGCAUAACCAAGCCAGACGGCAGUCUCUGAGAGCAGUGCUGGAGGGCCGGAACAAACAACUAGAGCACAUAAAGUUCACGGUGGUGAGUGACCCUCCUGAAGAGGAAGAGCAGGAGGAGGAGUGUGAGGAUGUGGGCGUGGCCUACCUGCGAAUCCGCGAUGUCAUGGACAAACGCAGAGACAUGAAGGACGUGAGCCUGAGCGUCGUGGACGUGCAGGACAGCAGGGACGUCAUUGGCCAGCUCGUGGUGACCGUUGAAGCUCUGGAGGCUCUGACGUCCAUCAUGAAAGACCCAGAGCGGGAUCGUCCUCUGACUACACUCGCUUAAUUCACCCAAACCAAUGA